AUGUGUCAAAAGAAGUAUGUUCUCGACCUACUAGCAGAAGUCGGUAUGAUCGAUUGCAAACCAGCAAAUACUCCUAUGAUUGUGAACCAAAAGCUUUAUAUGGAAGAAAAAGCAGAACUAGCUGACAAAGAAAGAUACCAACGAAUGGUAGGAAAACUGAUAUACCUCUCACACACCCGGCCCGAUAUAGCAUAUGUUGUGGGAGUGGUCAGUCAGUUUAUGCAUCAACCUCAAGGUGCUCAUAUGGAUGCGGUCUUAAGAAUUAUAAGAUAUCUCAAAGGGACAGUUGGCCAUGGAGUCUUGUUUAGACCCAAUGGACAUCUAGAAACUCAAUUGUACACCGAUGCAGACUGGGCAGGAGAUAAAGGCAAUCGAAGGUCAACGUCGGGAUACUUCACCUUGGUUGGUGGAAACCUUGUUACUUGGAGAAGCAAAAAACAAAAGGUAGUGGCUCUUUCAAUUGUUGAAGCGGAGUUUAGCGGGAUAGCAAGGGGUUAA